AUCCCGCAGGAGCCAGUAACCUAAUCACCGUCGACGCCAUAGACAUGUCUUUACGGAUCCAUCAGAUCCAUUAACCUUUGCAUUAGACGCCUUCAGCUCUAACACUAGGAGCAGGCUUAUGGACCGUUCGAAACUAUAACGCGGGCAAAAUUACUCAGUUUAGCGACGGUCCAAAUGUAAAUGUAUCUUAAAAAUGUUUUUUUUUUUUUACAGUUUACAGUCCUUUACAGUUUCACCAGGACAGGUGGGCGAGCAAGGGCUCAGCCAGGACUCGUCGGAUUUGCUAAAAGCUAACCAAGCGCCUUAAAAGCAGACCUAUCAACUCAAGAGCAGCUGCUUCGUGAAUGAAUCUACUACCAGAUCGGAAUCGCGACCCGCUGAGAAGAUCCGGCGAGAAACUCAGCGGGCUGAUGUAUGAGCUAGGUUGCACAUCGAUCCCUUUGUCGAGUUCGACGAGUACGGUUAACGGGGUCCCUAAGCCGGCUCCUAGUGUUAGAGCUGAAGGUGUCUAAUGCAAAAGUUAUUGGAUCUGAUGUAUUCGUAAGGACGCGUCUAAGGUAUCGACGGUGACUGGCUCCUGCGUGAUCAGGAUACGGGGAGUAGUCAGCGGCGGCAACGAUAAGGCGAUUAUCAUAACGCAUAGCCUUAUCGAACUAGCGUUCCGACGCUGACUUCAUGUGUUUUCGGAUCGAUUCGAUGUCCAUCGUGUAAAUCGACAUUCCUCACGAACCACGGAGCUCCGACGGCUAACCUGCAAAAACGGAAUUCUUGGGAUUGGAGGGUGUCUAUGUGUGUGCGGGCCGCGUGAACGUACACCAUACUCGUGCCAAUUAGAAUAUACUAUUAAUGAACUGGACAAAGCGGUUCCUGAAAAACUGAAAGAGAAUUUAAAGAACAUAACGCGAAGAAUAGACCGCGUUCGAAAAAAAAUUGAUAUGGGGAAUUUGGUGUACCGAAGUAAGGAUUACGAAUAUGUAGUGAAAGCAAUUUUUGAAAACAUGGAUGUACUGUCGAGUGUUUUAGAACCGAUCACACUAGGAACGAUGGGUACACAAAAACCAUACAGAUUUACGUUCGAACAAUACCUACAAGAAGCUCGUACGAAGAUGCCCAGUAGAAAAGCUGCAGACGCUUGCACGAUGCAACUACUAAUUUCAGCUAUGGAGACACAGACGACACAGUCGGACGGUGUUUGCGAGAUGACGCCUGAAUGUUCAUCGCAGAUAAUCAAAGGUUCGGGACUUGCUUUUCAACAGACGAGUCGCGUCCGUGCGGCAGUUUUAGCUAGUCUAUUUGAUUGCAUGGAAGGACUGGACGUACCGGCUCAUAUUUACAAACUGUGCAUACAAAUUUACAAGGAAACGAAAUCUCUCGAAGUUUGGGAUCAUCCUCCCGGUACAAAGACAUUAUUUAUGCAACAAAUUUUGUAUUGCGCAUCACAAGGCUAUGGUGAGUUUGUGAAGCCACGUUGGAUGAAUAAGAUAAUCGCGUGGCAGCAACCAAAAGGAUGUUACGCUGAUGAUCGACAACCUUUCAUGAGGCUCACCGGUUUCGUUGGCGCAUCGACACCCGCAACUCUUAAUGACAGAGAAGAAGAAUAUCGAGUGAAGAAAGCGGCUACAUCCGAAGGUGGCGCCUGUAACUCGUUGACGUCAGCAAUGGCUCUUGGUUCAUUAGUGUUGCAUAUAAGAACACUACUCGAGACAGAUCAAGCAUUUCAAUACGACGUGCUUCUUUGAUGUUCACGAUAUAAUCUAAUUUAAAUAUAAACUUCAAAACGAA